AUGCUUUCAAAUACCAUUUUCUUCUUCUGCAUGCGCUCUCUGCUUCACCCCUUCACCGUCCCCUUAUCGUACGCACUCCUUCGGCGUCCCUUAUCCUGCGCACCCCUCCCUCCGCCAUGGCCGCCACCGUCUCGUCCUCCAUGCUCCUUCCUUCCGUCUCUGUCAACAAUCUUAGCUUCUCCAGAAAUGCGUCUCGGGGCUUCGCCGUCAAGAACCUCCGCGGAUCUAGGGUUUUCAUGAGCUUAUCCGUAGGAUCUCAGACAACCGUCGACGACGCAUUGUUCGCCGAUUACAAACCCACCUCUGCUUUUCUCUUUCCCGGCCAGGGCGCGCAAGCUGUAGGGAUGGGCAAAGAAGCACAGAGUGUCUCUUCUGCUGGAGAGUUGUAUAAGAAAGCUAAUGAUAUCUUGGGGUAUGAUCUUCUGGAUAUUUGUCUUAACGGGCCUAAAGACAAGCUCGAUUCCACUGUCAUCAGCCAGCCUGCUAUUUAUGUUACAAGCUUAGCAGCAGUUGAAUUACUCCGAGCUCGUGAGGGUGGCCAACAAAUAAUUGAUUCCAUUGAUGUAACAUGUGGUCUUAGCCUGGGAGAGUAUACUGCUCUUGCAUUUGCUGGAGCCUUCAGCUUCGAGGACGGGCUAAAGCUUGUAAAACUACGAGGAGAAGCCAUGCAGGCGGCUGCUGAUGCGGCCAAGAGUGCCAUGGUCAGUGUCAUAGGUCUGGAUUCGGAAAAGGUUCAGCAGUUGUGUGAUGCAGCUAACCAAGAAAUUGAUGAAGCAAAUACUGUCGUGAUUGCGAAUUAUUUAUGCCCGGGCAAUUAUGCAGUAUCUGGAGGUAUCAAGGGAAUUGAAGCAGUCGAAGCCAAAGCCAAAUCAUUCAAGGCCCGUAUGACCGUCCGAUUGGCUGUAGCGGGAGCUUUCCACACAAGUUUUAUGGAACCAGCUGUCUCGAGAUUAGAGGCUGCACUAUCUGCAACUGAGAUCAGAACUCCGAGGAUUCCAGUGGUCUCCAACGUCGAUGCGCAUCCUCAUUCUGAUCCUAACACUAUCAAGAAGAUACUUGCUCGCCAGGUCACUUCUCCGGUACAAUGGGAGACAACGGUGAAGACUCUCCUAACCAAAGGAAUCAAGAAAAGCUACGAGUUGGGACCCGGAAAGGUCAUUGCAGGGAUCAUCAAGAGGAUAGACAAAAGCGCCCAAGUCGAAGCCAUCAGUGCUUGAAACAGCGAAUGCGGGUGUAGGUUCUUUUGAUGAGUUACGCGCUGUAUAUCUCAUGCAAACCCAACAACUUCCUGAUGUGAUCUCGUGGAGAAUCAAACCUUCAGUUCUGGAUGCUUCAUCUCUCAAUUUUACUGUGCUGUUUUCCAUAUUUCUACGGAUAAUACCUGUCUUAAAACCCAAUUGUCUGGACACAGACUUAAAUUUUAGAAUUUUCUUCACAAAUAA